GAAAAGAAAGAAGAAAGAAAAACACACAAAAAAAGAAAAGAAAAGAAAGUUGUAGUUAGUUUUUCUCACUCAUCUUUCAUCACUUGUUUCCUUUUCUUUGUUUCAUAUCCUUUUCUCACCACUUCAUGCUCAUGGAUCUCUUGCCAUCAUCUCCCCCGUGAACCCUAAACCCAACCCCAUCCAUCAUCAUCACAUCAACAACAUCAGUCCUUUAAUUCUCCCAUAACUUUCACUUCUUAGAAAGUGAGAGCCUUAUUUUACUCCUUCCUCUCAUGACUUCUCUUUUCUCCAAGAAAAAACAACAACAAGAAGAUGAUGCGAUCUCCUCAAGAAUCACUUAGAAAUGGGGUUCUUGAAACUUCAACACCACCACACCACCACCACCAUCAACCCCAUCAUUUCCAUUCUACUGUUUCUUUACUGAAACUCCGUAGAUUCAAUACUCUUAUUCUCAUUUUCCGUUUUGUUUCUUUCUGUUUUUGUCUUGCUUCUACCAUUUUCAUGGCUACUAAUUCUUCUUCUAAUUCACUUUCUUGGGCUGAUUUUACUACUCUUAGAGUUGUUGUAGCUGCAAAUGGGAUUGUUGCUGUAUAUUCAUUAGCUGAAAUGGGUGCUUCAAUUUGGGAGAUUUUGAAAGGAACUACUGUUUUUCCUGAAACCAUUCAAGUCUGGUUUGAUUUCAGUCAUGACCAGGUGUUUGCGUAUUUGCUGGUAUCAGCAAAUGUGGCAGGAACAACAAUGGUAAGAACAUUGAGAAAUGAUGGGGAUACAUGUAGUGUUAAUAGCUCAUUUUGUGUGCAAUCAACCAUAUCGAUUAGUUUAGGAUAUGUUGGGUUUUUAUUUCUAGGGUUUUCCUCGUUACUGUCUGGAUUUCGAGUCGGUUGUUUUAUCAUUAACGGUUCUCGGUUUCAUCUUUGAAAUGAAAAAUGUAAUGUAUGUACAAGAGAAGAGAAGUAAAGAUUAUUACCCUUACAGUGUUGUUGUUGUUGUUGCUGAGGCCUGAGGGAGAUUGCCAGUGUGUGUAUUUUAUAGGAAGUUUGAUGAAUGAGAGUGAGAUAAAGAAUGAAAGAAAAUUUGUAUCGUCAGUUCUUUUUGAAACUGGGAAAACUUGUUUGCUUCUUUUCUCUGA